CCCCAGAUGAAUAGAAACAACAUCUGUGAUUGAUGAUCAAUAAUUGAUUGGAUAAAUAAAUCCAAGCAAGAGCAUCUUCUGCCUCAAAUGGAGCUGCAAAUAUGAAGACCAAGUGCACUGGAUGUCCAGAUAACAGCCAUAGCAAUGAGGCCAUGACUGAAUUCUGAAAAUAAAAUAAAUAUAUAUAAAAGGGAAUAUAAUUGUAGUGUGAGAGAACAUGUGAAAUCUCCUCAAAUUCUGAAAAGACGAAAAUGCCACCUCUAUUAUUAUAUCGCAAAGUUAGAAACAAACAUAAUUAUCACAUCCUCUCGCCUCUCCCUGUCAGAUGAUUAUUUGAUCUCCAAGAACACCAAAAAUCCCAAUGUAUUUUCUCCACCACUCUCUAUUGCAAGAUUGUGCAAAUGGGUUUCCUAGAGAGCUCCCAAUAAUGUGCAGAACCAGCUUUUCUUGAACUCUAAAUGCUCCCAGCUCCACAGUCUGCAAUGGCUGCUCUUUCCCAGAUAUUGCUAUCUUUAGCUGUGAUGCUUUUCGUUUUCAGUUCUUCAGCAGUUCAAAGUGUCACAGACCCUAAUGACUUAGCCAUACUAAAUAAGUUCAGAGCUGGCUUGGAGAAUGCUGAGCUCUUGCAAUGGCCGACCAAUGGAGGUGACCCAUGUGGUCUAACCACUUGGCCUCACAUAUUUUGCUCCGGCAAUAGGGUUACACAAAUUCAGGUCAAAGGGCUUGGUUUAAAGGGCAUUUUGCCUCAAGAUUUCAAUCAGCUCUCCAUGUUGCAGAACUUAGGCCUUCAGCAGAAUCAACUGAGUGGAAAGUUACCUUCUUUUAGUGGCUUGGCUCAUUUGAAGUAUGCUUAUUUGGAUUACAACAACUUUGACACAAUCCCAUCAGAUUUCUUCAGAGGGCUUGUGAAUUUAGAGGUGAUGGCAUUAGACCACAACCCUCUCAAUGCCACAACUGGAUGGUCAUUGCCCUCUGACCUACAAGCUUCAUCUAUGCUGAAAAAUCUCACUCUUACAGGCUGCAACUUGGCUGGUCCUUUGCCUGAAUUUCUUGGGAACAUGUCUUCUUUAGAGGUUCUGAAGCUGUCCUUAAAUCAACUUACAGGAGGCAUUCCAGGAAGCUUUAGGGGGUCUCUGCUGACUGUGCUUUGGUUGAAUGAGCAAUCAGAGGGCAUGACUGGUCCAAUUGAUGUGGUUGGGAGUAUGGUGUCACUAACCAAUCUAUGGCUUCAUGGGAAUCAUUUUUCAGGUAAAAUCCCUGAGAACAUUGGGGAUUUAGUUUCCUUGCAGGAUCUUAAUCUCAAUGGCAAUGAUCUUGUUGGUACAAUUCCUGCUGCCUUGGAAAUUAUGCCUUUACUUCAUUUAGAUUUGGACAAUAAUCAUUUCAUGGGUCCUAUGCCUAAACUCAAAGCUGCUAAUGCCACAUAUGGUUCAAAUCCAUUUUGUGUCCCCAUUCCAGGGGCUCAUUGUGCCCCGGAAGUUAUGGCACUGUUAGAGUUCCUUGAUGGUGUGAACUACCCCUUAAGGUUGGUUGAGUCUUGGCUCGGAAACAACCCAUGCCAACAGCCUUGGAUAGGAAUAGGGUGUGAUUCCAAUGGAAGUAUCAUUAACAUAAACUUGCCGAAUUCGAAUCUUUCUGGCUCAUUGAAUCCUUCUGUUGCCGAUCUUGAUUCCCUUACUCAUAUAUACCUUGGGUCCAACAAUCUCUCAGGUUCAAUUCCAUUGAACUGGGUUGGAUUGAAAUCUUUGACACUGUUAGAUUUAAGCAGGAACCACAUUUCCCCUCCUCUUCCAAGAUUCAACACCAAUGUGAAGGUUAUCUUGCAAGGGAAUUCUCUGUUGAAUUCCAAUCACUCUGGUGAAUCCCCAUCUCAAAAUAAUAGUUUGUCUUCUCAGGGUUCGCCACCGUCCAUCGUCCCCUCUUCUUUAACAUUGGCUAAUGAUUCUAAUUCUGCCAUUCCCAAACAUGAUCAACCCCCUGGAGGAAACCAGCUUAGUAAGCUUUUUGUAAUUGUGACCCCACUAGCUAGUUUUGCCAUUCUUGUUUGUUUAAUCGUGCCAAUUUGUAUAUGCAUCUCUAAGAAAAGGAAGGAUGAGCAACCUGCUCGAAGCUCCCUUGUGAUCCAUCCGAGACAAUCAUCGGAUCCAGACAACCCCGUCAAGAUUAAUGUGUUCGCCAACAGCACAAAUGGAACUGUUCCUUCAUCUGCCACUAGUGUCUCUGCAAGUAUAAACAGUGGUGAAUCCCAUGUGAUCGAGGCGGGGAACCUUGUCAUAUCAGUUCAACUUCUUCGCAACGCGACUAAGAAUUUUGCCCCCCAGAAUGAACUUGGCCGUGGUGGUUUUGGAGUAGUUUACAAGGGAGAACUGGACGAUGGAGCUACAAUAGCAGUGAAACGAAUGGAAGCUGGAGUGAUCAGCAGCAAGGCACUGAGAGAAUUUCAAUCCGAAAUUGCUGUUCUUUCCAAAGUUCGCCACAGGCAUUUAGUAUCUCUUUUGGGGUAUUCAGUUGGAGGAAAUGAAAGAAUUCUUGUUUACGAGUACAUGCCUCAAGGUGCUCUCAGCAAGCAUCUUUUUCAAUGGAGGACUUUACAGCUGGAGCCUCUUUCAUGGAAGAGACGACUAUACAUUGCGCUGGAUGUCGCCCGAGGAAUGGAGUACCUCCACACUCUUGCUCAUCAAAGCUUCAUACACAGAGAUCUCAAGUCUUCAAAUAUAUUACUUGGGGAUGAUUUUCGAGCUAAAGUAUCAGAUUUUGGCCUGGUUAAACAUGCUCCCGAUGGAGAAAAAUCUGUUGUCACACGACUGGCCGGAACUUUUGGAUACCUUGCCCCCGAAUACGCCGUUACAGGCAAAAUUACGACGAAAGCUGAUGUUUUCAGUUUCGGCGUAGUGUUGAUGGAGCUGCUGACGGGGAUGAUGGCGCUCGACGAGGACAGGCCUGAGGAGAGCCAAUACUUGGCGUCGUGGUUCUGGAAAAUCAAGUCGAGCAAAGAGAAACUAAUGGCUGCCAUAGAUUCAGCUCUGGACAAGAAAGAAGCCAGUCUUGAGAGCAUCUCUGUGGUGGCUGAGCUUUCCGGUCACUGCACUGCACGGGAGCCGAAUCAACGGCCUGACAUGGGACACGCAGUGAACGUGUUGGCCUCUCUUGUCGAGGGAUGGAAGCCGAUUGAUGACGAUGCAGAGGAAUGUUGCGGCAUUGAUUACAGCCUUCCGCUGAACCAGAUGGUUAAGGAUUGGCAGCAAGAAGCGGACACGAGCUGCUGCUGCUAUAUCGAUCUUGAGGAUAGUAAUGGCAGCAUUCCGGCUAGACCUGCCGGACUUGCGGCGUCGUUCACGUCGGUCGAUGGCCGUUGAUACAGGUGUAGAUAAGCUCUUGUUUAUUUUGUAGGGAUGAUCGGUGGUGUAGUUUGGUGUGUAAUGUAUUUCUUUACGAGCUUUAAUCGGAUGUCUUUGUUCUGAAUGUCUCAUCUUACCAUCUACGACAGAUUUUUGAGUA